AUGCUCACGCGCGAUCCUUCCCAGGACCGGGGGGCUGGUGGAAACGCCCGGGAAUCGAACCUGCAGCCCCCACGAGGCAGCUGCGGACGAAUUCCCCUCCGGACGUGUGCGCCGCCCGCCCCGCGCCUCCCGGCUUCCAACCACUCCGGCUCCCCGAAGCUGGGCACCAAGCGGCUUCCCCAAGCCCUCAUCGUGGGCGUGAAGAAGGGGGGCACGCGAGCGGUGCUGGAGUUUAUCCGCGUGCACCCCGACGUGCGGGCCCUGGGUACCGAGCCCCACUUUUUCGACAGGAACUACGGCCGCGGGCUGGACUGGUACAGGAGCCUGAUGCCCAGGACCCUGGAGACUCAGAUCACCCUGGAGAAGACACCCAGCUACUUUGUCACCCAAGAAGCCCCACGGCGGAUCUUCAACAUGUCCCGGGACACCAAGCUGAUCGUGGUGGUCCGGAACCCGGUGACCAGGGCCAUCUCCGAUUACACGCAGACGCUGUCCAAGAAGCCGGACAUCCCCACCUUCGAGGGUCUGUCCUUCCGCAACCGCAGCCUGGGCCUGGUGGACGUGUCGUGGAACGCCAUCCGCAUCGGCAUGUACGCCCUGCACCUGGAGAGCUGGCUGCGGUACUUCCCCCUGGCCCAGAUCCACUUCGUCAGCGGGGAGCGCCUCAUCACCGACCCGGCGGGGGAGAUGGGGCGCGUGCAGGAUUUCCUGGGCAUCAAACGCUUCAUCACCGACAAGCAUUUCUAUUUCAACAAGACCAAAGGAUUCCCUUGCUUGAAAAAACCAGAAUCGAGCGUCUCGCCUCGGUGCCUAGGCAAAUCAAAAGGCAGAACUCAUGUCCAGAUUGACCCCGAGGUGAUAGACCAGCUCCGGGAAUUUUAUAGACCUUAUAAUAUUAAAUUUUAUGAAACCGUGGGGCAGGAUUUCCGAUGGGAAUAA